AUGGCGGAUCCCCUCUCUAUCACGGCGAGUGUGGCGGGACUAAUCUCUCUCGCCCUCCAAGUCACCGGAUCUCUAUAUAAAUAUUAUGGGGAGUUCAAACAUCGCCAUGACGAGUUGAAACGGACGGCAGAAAAGCUUCAGGCACUUCUCGAAAAUCUCGAACUCCUCAACCAAGAAAUUGAACGGCGGAAAUGGGAAGCGGACGACAAGCAGAUUAUUGAUCAGAUUGAAUCGUCCAUUUCUCGUUCGGCUGACAUCGUUCAAGAGCUGCAGGACCAAGUCCACAAGUACGAAAAAGACCAUUCAGCACGUUUGGUCCAGUCUGUCCGUGUUGCUGGGCGUAAUGCCGCCUACCCAUUUCGCAAGAGCACUCUCGUGAAGCUGGCCGAAGAUGUGGAUGACUUCCAACAUAAUUUAUCCCUAGCCCUGCAGGUACUACAGUUGAAGGACAGCUCUGCAAUCGGGAAUGAUCUCGAGGAGAUCAAAAGUCUCCUCAAAAUUGCUCGAGCACAGAACGUGGCCUACGAGCUGAGGACUUGGCUGAAUGCGCCCGACGUAUCAGUGGACUAUAACAAGGCUAACGAGAAGCGACAUCCCCAGACGGGCCAGUGGCUGAUCAAAAGUGCCCGUUAUAGCACAUGGCUUCGGCAGGACAACUCAUUUCUCUGGCUUUAUGGCCCUGCAGGUUGCGGAAAGUCGGUUCUGUUCUCGACGGCAAUACAGCACACGUUGCGCUAUGUGCAGUCACAGCCCAAAUGUGCCAUUGCGUACUUCUUUUUCGACUUCCGGGAUGAGUCGAAACAAGAUGCUUUCGGCUUUGUGUGUGCGGUUUUGUUACAACUCUGUAACCAAGUAGCGGGCGUUGAGGAGCAGUUGACUCAGCUGAUGAAUCUCAGGCGCGGCAAGGCUUCCAAGGAGGAUCUUUUUGAAUAUCUCAGAUCGGCCGUUCGCAGAGCACAGCACGUUUAUCUGCUCCUCGAUGGCUUAGACGAGAUCCCUAGCGGUGACAAAAGAGAAGCUGUGCUCUCUGAUAUUCAAAAAAUGCGCAGUUGGGACCUGGCGGGCCUCCAUCUUCUGGUCACAAGCCGAGGCCUCGUUAGAAUUCGCCAGUCGCUUGGUGCCCACGAAGAUGAGGCUGUCGAAUUGCGGAAUGACGUUAUCAAUGAGGACAUCUCUCGAUACAUCUCGUACAAGCUUGAAUACGAUUCCGGGUUAUCUCACUUGAGUAGCAACCAUGAAACGAUCGAGAAAUAUCUAUCUCAAAAAGCUGGUGGUGUCUUCAGAUGGGUCGCAAGUCAGCUUGAAUCGUUGAAGGAUGCUCCAGGGGGAAGCCUGGACAUCAUCAACGGCUACCUUCGGGAGUUGCCUGAUACGCUACACGAAACUUACGAGCGCGUGCUUUGCAGUCUCCGUGGGCCGGUAAAGGACAUGGUGCGACGCAUGCUCAUGUUCUUGUGCUUCUCGACUCGCCCAAUGACUGCUCUUGAGCUUAUCGACGCCAUUUCGAUAGACGUGAAGACUGAGUCCUUCGAUUCAGGGCGAAGAGUUGCAGGCGCCGACGACCUUCUGCGCAUGUGUCCAAGUCUUAUUGAAAAAUAUUCGGGAGAUGCGCCUCACAAUGAAUAUUUCUUCGACAUCCACGAUUUACAUGAGCACACAAGGGUCGAAUUUGUGCGGAUUGUGCACUUCUCGGUCCAGGAGUUCCUUCUUCACAAUCACACCUCCUGGCCUCUAGCUGCAAAUUACAAACUGUCGUCGGCUCUGGGACAUCAGCAUAUCAGCACAGCCUGUCUGAUCUAUCUCUGCGACGACAGAUUUCUAGAACCGAAAGUUGGGCGGCAAGCGCGGGCAGCCUUCCCUUUCGCCAGCUAUGCCUUGGAGAAUUGGCAUGUCCACAUGAAAUCAGGCGACAGGGAAACCACUGAUAUCGAGAAAAAGUGGAGCUGGAAACUCUUCUCGGAAGAAAAAGUGUUCUAUCGGUGGCUCAGCAUCUGUCAUCAUGGCGCGGUCGUUCCCAGACCAGCGCAAGCCACGGUCGAAAAGUGGAUCACCACAGUCUCUCUGUACUACGCCGCCUAUCUUGGAGUAUACGACCUUUUGUGUCGGAUUCUAGAACGUGACCCGGAUCUCACGAUGAAUGCCGGGUUCUUUGGAACGGCGCUACAGGCUGCAUCGCACAGAGGCUGUGAGCCAGCCGUCAGACGUCUUAUCGAUGCAGGAGCAGAUGUCAAUAGCGGCCACGGAGCCCGCGGCCCCGCGUUGAUAUGUGCAUCAAAGGAGGGUCACGAGAAAAUAGUACGUAUAUUGCUUGCCAAAGAGGCCAAUGUGAAUGGAGGGGGAACAAAGUGGCCCAAGGCGUUGCAUGGUGCAGCUGGGAGUGGGCACGAAAGUAUAGUCCGGAUCCUGCUUGAAGCAGGGGCCGACCCCAACAGUGAUUUCCAAAGGUUGAGUGUGAUUUUAUUAACUCGCACUCCAUUAGGGGCCGCAUCGUUCGCCGGACAUGCGAGGGUGGUCGAAAUGCUGCUCAGUGCAGGGGCGGAAGUCAAUGAAGGCAUCCGAAAUUACAGCCUUGCAUUGGUACAUGCCUCAGUGAACGCCCACCACGAUGUGGUCAGGAUCCUGCUCGCCGCGGGUGCUAAGCUCAACGGCGGUGGUGGAAAAGACAGCAACGCAUUAAAGGGCGCAUCGCGACGGGGUUGCGUGAAGGUAAUUCCGCUACUGAUCGAAGCAGAGUCAAAUAUGCAGGACGCAAUCUGCGACGCUGGGAGGGAUGGUGAAGAACGAGAUGGGGAGCAAGAUACCGGGGUUGAUAGGAAACAGGAGGGACAUGAGGGAUAUGAGGGAGACGAGGGAGAUAUCGGUACUGAUAAGGUAGAUGAGGAAAAGCUUGGUAUUGAUCAGGAUGAUAACGAAUACGAGGCACAAGAGGAAGAUGCUGGGGUUGAUGAGGAAUAUGAAGAGUGGGUUGCUACACUCUCAAGCGACGGCAGUGAAGAUGAUCCAUUUGAGAAGGAUUUGUACUGUUGCAAGGAUUACAGUGCCCUGACCGCGGCAUCACGCUGCGGGCGUCUUGAAGCGGUCCAACUAUUACUCCGAGAGAGGAUGGAUCUAAUUGCCAGCGACAGUGAGGGCUUUCGCAAGGCUCUCUGUGUGGCAUCCAGAAGGGGCUACCGCGCCAUAGUCGAGGCUCUACUCAAAGCUCGAGAAGACGUCGAUGCGCUCCGAGACAUGCCAGUGCUUGAUCCCGCAUUGCAAUCUGCCUGCAAAGGUUCAAGGUGUGAUGCAGAGGUGGUACGAUUACUGCUCGCGGCCGGAGCGAACGUCAACAACCCGGAAGCCUGGGAAUAUGCAUUGGCAGGGCGCAAUAUAGAAACACUGAAGGUGUUUCUCGAUGCCAGGCCAGACUUGUAUAUUUUAUUUCCAAGCUUGGUAGCUUUAACUGGCCGGUUUCCGAACUUGAACGAUCAGGAGAAUCAGGUUCUGUCGCUACUGUUUGUUGCGCGAGUGCGCUAUUAUGCCGAUGCGCAAGGUCUUCAUAUGACGGGCACGCAAUUGGGCCAUGCUCUGUCCAGUGUGCCUUUUGCGGCAGUGAGGGUGGAGGCAUACAUCAUCGUGUUCAAUGCAGACGCUAACACCGAGCAAACUGUGGAUGACCGUCACCCGGAUUACGGACAAAGUCAGUACAGUACAACGCCACUGAUGAUGGCAUGCACAACUGUGCCGAAAGAUCAUGCGGAGCGAAUUGUGCAGCUCCUUCUCGAUGCAGGCGCCAACCCCAAUGCUCGUUGCGAUUAUGGGUUGCCAGGCGAAAUGAAGAGCGGCACUCCGUUGGCGGCGGUGUUGCGUGAGGGGCGUGAUUGGCUCACGAAGACACUUCUUGAUGCCGGAGCAGACGAGAGUGCUGUUCCAGAAGACCUCAUGCUCAAUUUCAAACAGGGGCAAAUCGGCGAAGGAGUGGCGGCGCUGGACCUACAGAGUAAUAGCUAG